UGAGUCUCAGCAAGCGCGAGGGCUCUUCUCCCGCCCACACUUCCCGCCCCUUCCCUGUCCGGCUUCUUCGCGCUCUGAUUGGCUGGAGGAGGCGUCCGCAGCGGAGGCUUGUUUUUGUCGAACACAGAUGGAUGGGAGCUUCUGCUACGUCACAGGGUGGGCGGGGGGGAGGGCUUUCCAAAACAAAAACAUUGCGAAUCCAGAUCCAAAAUGGACGCCGUUCCCCCACCGAAGCACAGCUACCGGAGCCAACAUGGCCGCUGCGCCGCUCAGUUUCACUGCUGAGAUGGGCGGGCCGCUUUGAAGUUGAAGUCACGUGAUUCGCACAGGGCCGUGUUGACCCAUUCCAAUAUGGUGGCCAGCCUGGCUCAACGGUUUCUGUUGAUGCUGUGGUUCUGCGGGGUCAGGCGCGGCACCUGCGGCGGCGAGGACCCCCACAUUCUGGGGCUGCGGGUGGAAGACCCCACGGGAGCGGUGAGCAUCAAAGACCGGAUCAUCUCGGUGCCUGAAGGAGCUUCGUUCCAGCUUCGCCUCUUCGGGGCCAACCUGAAUGGAAACGGGACGUUGGUCGCGUUCGCGGCGGGGUUCGGAACCGCCGAGGACCCGUGCGGUUCCGACAGCAGCCGGCUGGAGUCCGCCUUCAGGGUGACGGAGGAGUUCAGCCAGGACGAGGUCCACAGCGGGGUCCUGACGGUCACGGCGAACCGGAGUAUCCCCGCGGGCGGGGACACCUUCUACCACCUGUGCGCGCGCAGCGGGGAGACGUGGGCGUCCGUGACCCCGGACAGACUGCGGGUGAUCCCCGGCGCGGCCGCGGGUUCCAUACCGCCGUGGGGUCUGGCGCUGCUCGUCGCGCUGCUGCUUCUGCUCUGCGCGCUGCUGAGGACGCUGCACCUCAGCCUGCUGGGGCUCGACCCUGUGGAGUUGUACGUGCUGCACAGCUGCGGCUCCGAGGAGGAGAAGCGGGCCGCCAAGCGGCUGGAGCCGGUCCGGAGGAGGGGGAACUUCCUGGCGUGCUCGCUGCUGUUCCUGUGCGUGCUGGGACACUCGGUUGUGGGGGUGCUGCUGUACCGGGCUCUGGGCUGCAUCGCCUCCGCCGCCUUCACCGGGGGCUUCCUCAUCUUCCUCCUGGCCGAGCUGGCCCCUCACAUCCUCUGCUCGGGGUACGGUUUCCAGCUGGCGCCCGGCCUGACCUGGCUGGCCCAGGUGUGCAUGGUGCUCACCUGCCCUCUGUCCUGCCCCCUGGGGCUGAUCCUGGACCUGGGCCUGCAGAGGGACAUCAGCACCAACUGCAUCAGCGAGCGGGUCUUGGAGAUGGUCCGUACCAGCGUCAACGACCCCUACAGCGAGUUCGUGAAGGAGGAGUUCAGCCACGGGAUGCUGCGCACCAAGACGGUGGAGGACAUCCUGACGCCGCUGAAGGACUGCUUCAUGCUGCCCAGCUCGGCCGUCCUGGACUUCUCCACCAUGUCGGAGAUCAUGCAGAGCGGCUACACCCGGGUGCCCAUCUACGAGGAGGAGAGGUCCAACAUUGUGGAGAUUCUGUAUGUUAAAGACUUGGCGCUGGUGGACCCGGAUGACUGCACGCCCAUGACAACCAUCACCAAGUUCUACAAUCACCCGCUGCACUUCGUCUUCAACGACACUAAAUUGGACGCCAUGCUGGAGGAGUUCAAGAAAGGAAACUCCCACAUGGCCAUCGUCCAGAAGGUGAACAACGAGGGGGAGGGGGACCCGUUCUACGAGGUGCUGGGAUUGGUCACGCUGGAGGACGUCAUCGAGGAGAUCAUCAAGUCGGAGAUCCUGGACGAGUCCGACGGCUACCUGGACAGGAAGCUGAAGCGGCCCCUCCCGCCCCUGGAGAUUUCUCUGGAGCCUCGCAGCUCCGGCGAGGAGUUUUCUCUCUUCAGGCCCCCAGAGGGAGAAUCCAAAAUCCACACCUCGCCACAGCUGCUGCUCGCCACGCACCGCUUCCUGUCCAGAGAGGUGGAGCACUUCAGCCCGGCCCGGGUGUCCGAGAAGGUUCUGUUCCACCUCCUGCGCCACCCCAGUGUCAACCAAGAGGUGCACUUCGAAGCCAACAACCGGCUGAGCCCCAGCCACUACCUGUACACCCGCAACCAGCCGGUGGACUACUUCAUCCUGCUGCUGCAGGGUCGCGUUGAAGUGGAAAUCGGCAAAGAGGGGCUAAAGUUUGAAAACGGGGCAUUUACGUACUACGGCGUCUCUGCCCUGACGCUGCCAUCCUCAGUGCACCAGUCUCCGGUAUCGACCCAGCGGAGCUCUCCCAGAGACCCCUUUGAUUCUGGGGAGGCCACCAGCCCGUCCAGCUACUGUCCUGACUACACCGUCCGCGCGCUGACCGACCUGCAGCUCAUCCGGGUGACACGCCUGCAGUACCUGAACGCCCUCAGGGCGUCCCAAGUCGGCCAGAGUCCAGACCCCCCCGAGAUCAAGAUCCUGCCCAACAGUCAGAUGAAGCUGCUGAACGACAGGAACGCCGCACAAGAGUUUCCUGUAAACUUUUCUUUUUUUGAUACCAUUGACUACCGUUGAGUGCUUUUGUUUUGCAUGAGGUGGCAGCCGAGCCCAGGAGAGCUCCACAGAAGAGGAGCCUCAUGGGUAAUGCAGUCCAAACUGUCCUCUGCUAAUUUAAGAAGAUAAAGUAUAUUUUGAAUUGAUCAAUCAUCCAUGGCUGGAACGUAGGACAAGACUGGAGUGAGAGGGACUUUCUCUACUAGACCCGCUGCUCACUUUUCAUCUCCAUUUUCAUUCCUUUCAUGGAUUUCCAUGCAGUGUUUAGGUUUAUUCCUGUUAUGUAAAUGUCUGUAUAAAUGUAGCGAAGGAGAGGAGCUAUGUGAAUCUUUUAAAAAAAUAUUAUUUGCUAAUAAAUGUGAUCUUAUCUUCAUCCAAUAGCUCCCUGACAGAUGUAACUCUGGUGGAAACAGUAACUGAACUGUCAAUAUAAUAACCAGAUUGGAUUUAGCGUCCAUAACCUUUAGAGACUUACAUUUUUGUUGAUUAUUUAACGAGAUCUCUGAGUUCUGUCCAAAGAAACCCGCUUUGUUUCUACGAAUGAAAGUGCCAUCACCGUUGGACGACCCCCCUCUGGGUUGACCCCGUAGCACCGGCGGUUUAGCUCCAGUGUUUCCGUUGGUUCGACUUCCGUGUCGUGCGGCUAACGUGUUUCCGGGCAGAUUCUGAAGCGGUUCUGUGCCGUCAUGCGUCCCUCAGCGGUAGUGAAGCGUUUACGUGGUCCACGGUAAUCCGCUGAUCCGUUAUUCCCACGCCGUGUCGUGACCAACGAGCUCGUUUUUGUGGGUUAAACCUUUAACACCAAAGCUUUCGCUCCGGUGUUGACGUUCUUCAUGUGAAAAAAAAAGUCGACUUUCCACCAAUACCAUAAACGCAUUACUACUAGAAUCUGUUAACUGCGUAAACGCUGGAAGAGUUGCACGUGUUUAAGGAGCGUGGUGACGGCUCUGGUGUUAAAGGGUUAAAGAAAAUAUGAAUCCACAGACUUUACAGUUGGUUGGUUGCUAUGGGGACGUGAGGUGAGGGGCGGAGUCUUAAACCACAUGCAACAGGCUAGAAUGAGUUUUUGGACGUGUUUGUAAAGGAUAAGAUUUUUAAAAAGGAGCCGAGAAAUCUGACCAAACUACACUGGCCAACAUUUUAUUGUUUUUUACGUUGUUUUCAUAUCAAAUAUGAAAAAUUCCUUUUUAUUGUCUUCAAAGCUUCUAGUUUUUCUUCUAUGUGGUCUUUAAUGAUGGAGAUUUCAGACCAUCUGAACUAAAGCCGACGGUUCUUCUGGUUGAAAAGCCAGAUCCUGUCUGGAUUGAACACUAAUCCGUGCCUCCUGAUGGAAUAUUUGUCUCCGAGUCAGAGGACUUUUUAUGAACACUUCCUUUGUGACCUUUUCCUUUAUAUUGGAGGACGGGGUUCACUUACUUGUCCACCCAGAGAAACAGAAACGUGUUGCAAUGAUGGUUUUUGCAGAAGUUGCCAUGAGGUUCACUUUCAUAUCCGUUUUGUGUUCUUGGUGCCUUUAUUCCAGUUUCCGUCUCAGCACCAAACAGGUUGCUUUGUCGUUCUUCAUUGUGUGCCAAAGUCAUGUGUGUGUGUGUGUGUGUUUGUGUGUGUUCCAACCAACCGUCCACUUCAGACACCAACAUCUAAGGUGGUUGAAAACACUUUGCACAUUAAAUUUGUGCACCCUUAGGCCGUUUUUAAAGCUUGGAGGUUCGCCCCUCGCUGGCUUACAGCUGCGUCGCAGGCGUACAGCGGUCCUCCGCCGUCUGUCAGAAAUGCCUCUAAAAUUGUCAUUCAAGCCAAAUGGACCUAAAUCCAAACUUAAAGGGGCUUCAACAUUGUAGGGGUAGCUAAAGUUGGGGGUUUAAAUCCUUACGUGACUUCCAAACUGGGUCAAAGGUCAAACCAAAAAGGGCAUGAGUGUAAUGAGCUCCUGUCUGUUUUGCGUUAAGCAAAGGUUUGAUUCCCAUGCAGGACAGAAAACGUGAUUACCUUAAAGCUCACUAAAACCUGAAAUCAUCACAGAUGUCUUUUUAAAGGUGAAUCUCUUUUAGCUUAAUUUAUUUCCAGAAAAAACACACUUAUGCUGACGCUUCGAGGGGUUAAUGGUCUUAGAAAUUAAAUGAACUACCAAAUGUUACCUUUUCUAGUGAAUAUUAAUGUAACUUUAUUUAUCAUUAAUCCCAACAAAUCUGGACUUUCUUUAGCUGCUCUAAAUAUGAUUGAUUUCAAAGAAAAUAUUAUCCUGUGACAUUUCUUUUUAAUUUUUUUAUUUCCCUUUUUUUUCAAAUCUCUUUACAUUCCUUCAUCAGUGGAGGUUGUAGCCGUCCUUCCUGACGGCUUUUUCUGCCUUCAUCUUCAUCGUUCUUCCUCAGUCAUUCCUGCGUUAAUGCGUGAAACGUCUUUUUUUUUCUUCUUAAAUCUCCACUGAAAUUUCCAUUUCAGCAGUUCAAAGUCUAAAAUGCGGCGUCAUCAUUGGCCUGCAGGUGUUGGAAGCUGUUGCCGGUAGCAACAGUGCAGGUGUUGGCCAAACAAUGGCCCCACCCCCCACCGAGUCUUCUUAACAGGAAGAGGUCAUUUCGGUCCAGCAGAGGGCGCCACAGCGCUGCGGGACGACAUGUUUCAGGUUCAGCUCUUCUUUGUGACCUGUUCCUGAUCGUGGCGACCUUCGCUUUUGGCUCCACGUCCGUCUUGGCGUGUCAUCCGUCGUUCGCACAAACGUCUCCUGUGUGUAAACGAGGGAUCUAUCAGAAAACGUCCCGCCGUCGUGUAACGGGACAGACGGGGGUUUCAGGUCUGCUUCAGUGGGAUUUUAGUGCAGGGUGAGGAAGAUGAUGACGAUGGUGGACGACAAAAAUCCACUUCCUGUUGUGUCCAGAAUGAGAGUGGACGUUUUUUCCUUUUCAUCUUUUCCACGCCACACGCCCCUCUGGGUUCCAGUUUGUGUCCAGUUGGGGGAUUUUCACAAAUAAAUUCAACAUAUUUCCAAAUGUUUGGAAUGAAAAGCUUAUGGUGACAUCAUAUCCUCUGCAGAAUUACAGAAUUGUUAACCGUAACCUCUGUCACCCGAUCACGCUCCGGUAGCCAAUGUCCUCAAAGCCCCGCCCCCAUGUAAACUCAGGAUCAACGCCAAAAGCAAGAAGCCUGAACUGGAAGUGUAAAUUGAGCUUAAAAUGAAAAAACGAGGUAAACAAUACUGUCCUUUAAAGGUGUUUCAUUUGGUAGCACUUUCAGAUUUAUAGUGUUUUGUUUCAAGUUUACAACAGUUUUUAGCCUGUAAGGUGGUCCGCUGGUGCACAGCUCCCAUGUUUCAGACGUUUUCCCAACACGCCGUCCAUCUGCAACACCGGCGCUUUCACAGCAGCUCAGAACGCCGUUUGAAUUGUGGACUUUUCACGCGUUUGUUGGUUGAGACUCCAGGCUUAUGAUGUCCUCAAUAACAUUCCAGUGGAUGUCUGUAAAAUCGACCAAACGGUUUUAGUUUCCGCUCCUGUUUGGUGUCAGUAGAACUUGGAUUGUCCUGGAGCAGACCUGACAUCUUUGGACUUUAAAAACACGUUUUCCUUUUUUCUUUUAUUUACGUUCACGGUCAUGGUAGUUCUCCAAAGUGAAAGGCCUUUGUUAGCUUUUCCUCAUCAUAGAGGAAGUGGGUACACGUAUAAAACCCAUCAAAAGUGUGUCGAUGUCACAUUUCUGCUCUCGUAUUUAUUUCCUAUCUGUCUGAAUGCUCACAUAUUGAAAUGCAUCUUCCAGUUUUGUUUGUCUGAUUCUUAAGAAAGUAUUUUAUUGAAUAUUGUCGUACUACAUUAAUGUCUUUGGUAUCUGAAUGUAAAAAGAUAAUCCCAACAUUUCCACUUAAACUGUGUGCUAAUAUAGAAAUGUUUAGGUUGGAGGACGCGGUGUAGAUCCUACUUUCCUGUUUGCCGCUGUUACCGAGAGCGUUUCAUCCGUUCCGACUUUCCGGGUUACAUUUGUAUAGACUCUGUUUUAUCUGGACGUUUUUCCAAAUGCUGGUGGGUUUGGGGACACUGAGGUUUCUUAGGAAAUAAACUUGAUCCUGUUGUAAA